AUGUUUCAGGUCUGGCAGGCUGAAGGAUCAUCUUUAGGAUCAAGUUGCAGAUCGAAUUCCGAGUGUAGUGUUACGAACGCACACUGCACGAGAGGCAUAUGUGCAUGUCAGCCGUACUACGCGCAGGUUGACUCCUCUACAUGUUUGGAAUCAACUCUGUUGGGUUCCGAGUGCACGGUGUCAGAACAGUGCACCCUAAAAGUUGCCUACAGCGCCUGUUUAGAUGGAGUUUGUCGAUGUUCAGAUGGCCAUUUACAGUUUAGGAAGCAUACCUGUCUUUCUCCUGCACCACCAGGACACGUCUGUUACAGUAACGAACAUUGCCGUUUGUGGGAUAAAGAAAGUCAUUGUGAAUUUGUCAUUCCAAAUCUUUUCGGAAGAUGUUCUUGUAAUGCAUUUUUCAAGCAAACAGGAGAUAAAUGUAUUGCUCAAAAACAAUAUUCUUAUGCAACAGAAGCAGUGAUACUUGAACAAGAUAUGGUAACUGCCUCUUUAAAAGGAACACCAUCUACCCAACAAUUAUAUGAUAAAAUCUCUGAAGUUCAAAAGAAUCCUAAUCCAGUUGACGUAAUUGGAAAAAAUAAGUUGAUGGUCAUUAAAGAGGAUGUUAAACCAAGUAACUUACCUAUGUUUACGAGUAAAAAUGAUGUACUUAGUACACAAGAGGACAGUCCUCUGAUGCAAACUGUCCUAAAAUUACCAACUGUAGAACCUAGUAAACUGCCUGUAACUAAUAGAAAAAACGGUGAUCCGAACGAAUUAAUAAGAAUUGAUGAAAUGACGGCUAAUUUGCAUGCCAACGAUCAACCAAUUUAUAGAGUUGUAACUCAGCCAUCAGCUGAAAAAAAAUCAAACAAAAAGGGAACUUCGAAGGAACAAAACAGUAAUAAGUCAAAUAAAAUUGGUCAUCAGAAAAAGUCGUCUUUAAAAGAUAAAAAUCGUGUUCGCACCGAAACAGUACCAUUUGACGUUGGCCCAGCAUCUCUUGGAAUGCCCUGUUAUAUUGAUAGUCAGUGUCAAUUGGUAGAUCCUAACACACGAUGCGUUAAUAAGCGAUGCGAUUGCACAUACCGCACAAAUUCUACUUCAGCUUGUUCGGCUCGUAAUAGAGGAUGUUUACCAGGAACAUUCCAAUGUCGUACAACUGGCUCUUGCAUAAGUUGGUACUUUGUUUGUGACGGUCGUAAGGACUGUCCAGAUGGUUCGGACGAAAAAUGUCAAGGUACUGGUAGAGACGGCACUGGAGAGCGAUGUCCAAUGCACGCUUUUCGGUGUGGAGGUCCUGGUUCGCCGUGCGUUUCGCGAGCAUCCAGAUGUGAUGGUACUGUGCAAUGUCCAGGUGGAGAAGACGAAAGAAACUGUCGUGCUACAAAGAGAAGAGGUUGUCCGCGACACACAUUCCGCUGCGGGUCGGGCGAGUGCUUACCGGAAUACGAGUUCUGCAAUGCUAUAAUAUCCUGCAAGGACGCUUCAGAUGAACCCCCACAUCUAUGCAACGAACAAUCACGUUGGCGAGCAGCAGAUUUCUGUCCUCUAAGAUGCGGCAAUGGUCGCUGCCGAAGUACAGCAGUUGCGUGUUCGGGACGAGACGGGUGCGGAGACAACAGUGAUGAGAUAGCUUGUACCGUUUGCAAAUGUGCAGCUCCUCCGCAACCUUGAAGAGACGAAGACUACGAUCCAAUUAUUUAAUCUCCGGCAGAUCUCAACAGUUGGAUUUUUUUUAAAUCAAAUAACGACUAAAAAUAUUUUAAGAUAUACUACCACUCAUAAUUGAGAUUAAAUACUAAUGUCGUAUUUAUAGCAUGAUAUUUUUUAUAACAUAUUAAAAUAUUUAAAAACAGGAA